AAAACAAGGCUUGAGUUUUCUCUUUCCCCGAAAAAGAAUACCUUGUAAUUGAAGGUAUCUUUACGUAGUUUCUUCAGCACCAAUCAAAGUCUUAUCUUCAACCUUUGAAAACCCUAAUCUCCACUUCCAGAGCUCGUCUUUCUAAUUCGCAAACCCAGUAGGGAUUUUCGCUAAUGGGUUCUGAAACCUUGACUCUAUCAACGCCUCUACCUCCGACGAAGCCCGUCGCUGCAGCAGCAGCAGCAGCAGCAGCCGCACCCACAGCACUAGCUCCAGGGUUUAGGUUCCACCCGACUGACGAAGAGCUCGUUAUUUACUACCUUAAGCGCAAGGUCUGUGGAAAAUCCUUCCGUUUCAAUGCUAUUUCCGAGGUCGACAUCUACAAGAGCGAGCCCUGGGACCUCGCAGGAAAGUCAAGGUUGAAGAGCAGAGACCAAGAGUACUAUUUCUUUAGUGUGUUGGACAAGAAAUAUGGAAAUGGGGCUAGGAUGAAUAGGGCUACAAGCCAAGGGUACUGGAAAGCCACUGGUAAUGAUCGACCGGUUCGCCAUGAUUCCAGGACUGUGGGCUUAAAGAAAACAUUAGUGUUCCAUAGUGGUAGAGCACCAGAUGGCAAGCGGACCAAUUGGGUCAUGCAUGAAUAUAGGCUUGUAGAUGAAGAACUGGAGAAAGCUGGAGCGGGAACGGGAAGCUCGCAGGAUGCAUAUGUUUUAUGCAGAGUAUUCCACAAAAGUAAUAUAGGACCUCCAAAUGGACACCGUUAUGCGCCUUUUAUUGAGGAGGAAUGGGAUGAUGCUGGAUCAGUUUUGAUUCCUGGAGAAGAGAUUGCAGAUGGUAAAAUAGCUAGUCAUGAUGCACAGUCUGAAAGGAACAGCAAUAGUGUGUGUGCUGCUGAGGGUAGUAAUAACGGUGCAUGCGGCGAAGGGAAGGAUGGCAUGCAGGAUAAAGCUCACUUGAUCAGUAAAGAUCCUGUUAUAUCGAAUGAUCCUCCAAGAAACUCCCACAACUUUUUGUUUGUGUGCAAAAGUGAGAAAUUGGAUGAUUAUACUCCACCUUCCAUCAUUGCUAAUCCUAAACCCUUCCCGCUAAUGAAGUAUAAACGAAGGCGGCAAAGUGACCUAAACUCUGAGCUUUCCAAAGGUUCAGAGAACUCAUCCAUGUCAAAUGAAGAGCCCAGCUUAUCCGAAACUGCUAUUGCAUCGCAGACGGAUAUAACAACGACGAGUGCGACAACACCAACAACAAAAAAUUUUCUUUCUACCUUAGUGGAAUAUUCACUAUUAGAAUCUGCAGAACCGAAGGAUGCUCCAGCUCCUCCACCGGCAUUAGAAACCUCAGAUCUUAGUUCAUCUGUGCAUCCAAGCAUCCUGAAAUUCAUCCAAGAUUUGCAACAUGAAAUCCACAAGACUUCUAUGGAGAGGGAGACACUGAAGUUCGAGCUGUUAAGUGCUCGAGCCAUGAUUAGUAUCCUUCAAUCCCGGAUUGUCGUGUUGAAUAAGGAAAUUAACGAUUUGAAGUCGAACUAUGAUUAAUAUCGUCUUUCAAUCCAGGAGAUUAUCAUGCUGAACAAGGAGACCGUAACGAUAAUGAAGAAAAAUGUCGACAGCCAAUGGCUAUGCCCUGUAAAUUGUUGCUACCAUUUUGCUCUUUUGUACUUUAUCGGCUUUUAAAUCCGGGCUGUUGUAGUAGCUAAUGUAACUAGUUCAGUUGUCUAAGCAACUAAGCUAUCUGUUGUAAGAGUAUCAAAUUAGUCGAGCGUUUAAAUGUGUUAGAACUUCAGCCUCUGUUGUGAAACCAUGUUAGAACUUCAUGUUGUGCUAUGGCUAAAGACUAUUGAUGUUGUAACUUCAAUUUCUCAGCUGCUGGCAUUUCAUGAAAUAAGGUUGUCAUAACUAUUAAUGUAAUCCCCAUUUUCAAUCCA